UUCCAUCUGCAGCGAAAUAAUUCCCGGCUCUCUCCCUUUGACAAAACGUGGUAAUGCAAACAUAAUUCAUGAGAGGCAAAGAUUUGGAGCUAUUCCGUGGGAUUCUUUUCCAGUCACCAAGAGAAGACUGAGGUGGGCGAAAAGACUUGGGUGGUGUGGAAACUGGACACCCUUCCAGGCCAGAGACCAGAACACCCUAGAAGGCUUAACUAAAAGAAUGCUCAUGUUUGACCCUGUCCCUGUCAAGCAGGAGGCCAUGGACCCUGUCUCUGUGUCGUACCCAUCGAAUUACAUAGAAUCAAUAAAACCCAACAAAUUUGGGGUCAUUUACUCCACGCCAUUACCCGACAAGUUCUUCCCGACCCCAGAAGGCCUUACUCACGGGAUCCAGAUGGAACCAGUGGACCUCACUGUGAACAAGCGGGGAUCACCACCCUCGGCCGGCAGUUCUCCCUCCUCCCUCAAGUUUCCGGCGCACCGGAGAGCGUCACCUGUGCUGGGCAUGCCGCCCUCCAGCCCGCCCAUUAAGAAAUACUCACCCCCUUCUCCUGGAGUGCAACCUUUCAGCAUGCCGCUGUCCAUGCCGCCGGUGAUGGCGGCUGCGCUGACCAGACAUGGAAUCCGGAGCCCUGGCAUCCUCCCUGUCAUCCAGCCCGUCGUGGUGCAGCCUGUCCCUUUCAUGUACACCAGCCACCUCCAGCAGCCGCUCAUGGUCUCCUUGUCAGAAGAGAUGGACAAUUCAAACAGUAGCUUGCAAGUACCUGUAAUUGAAUCCUAUGAGAAGCCCAUAUUACAGAAAAAAAUUAAAAUAGAACCCGGAAUUGAACCACAGAGGACAGACUAUUACCCUGAAGAAAUGUCACCCCCUCUAAUGAACUCCGUGUCCCCCCCACAGGCAUUGUUGCAAGAGAACCAUCCUUCGGUCAUAGUGCAGCCUGGGAAGAGACCUCUGCCUGUGGAGUCCCCGGACACCCAAAGGAAGCGGAGGAUACACAGAUGUGACUACGAGGGGUGCAACAAAGUCUACACUAAGAGCUCGCACUUGAAAGCACACAGAAGAACUCACACAGGAGAAAAGCCCUACAAAUGCACCUGGGAAGGCUGCACAUGGAAAUUUGCUCGGUCUGAUGAACUAACAAGACAUUUCCGAAAGCACACUGGAAUCAAACCUUUCCAGUGUCCGGACUGCGACCGAAGCUUCUCUCGCUCCGACCACCUUGCCCUCCACAGGAAACGCCACAUGCUCGUCUGAAAGCCUGUCUCCACCUCAGUGACUCUCGACUCUUCCUGGCACUCUGUUUCUCUCACUGUCUGUGCGUCUCUGUUCCUCUCCUCCUGCCCAUUAGCUAACUCAUUUUUUAUAUGUACAUUUUAAUUUCGAUUCAGCUGGUCUGAAUCUCUGAAUUUAUAUCAUUCAAGACUUCCAUAUGGUCAGUAGUUGAUUCUCUAACCCUCCCUUUCCUUACCACGGGUCAGACCUAAAGAAUGUGAACAUUUUUUUUUUUCCUGGGAUGCUAAGCAAACCCUCCUUACAGAUACGUUUAAUGUAAUGAGAACAAGGGAACAUGUAAACUCACGACCAAUUUGUCAGUUUCUCCAUGUAUUCCUCAAAAGAAUGUCAAAGUAAAUGUAUCAGAAAUACAGUA